AUGGCUUCCAAGUUCCUCAGAGAGUACAAGCUAGUCGUCGUCGGCGGUGGUGGUGUCGGUAAAUCAUGCUUGACCAUCCAGCUGAUCCAGAGCCACUUUGUGGACGAGUACGAUCCAACAAUUGAAGAUUCUUACCGCAAGCAAUGUGUGAUCGACGAUGAGGUUGCUCUGUUGGACGUCCUCGACACAGCCGGUCAGGAGGAGUACUCUGCGAUGCGAGAACAGUACAUGCGAACCGGCGAGGGCUUCCUGCUCAUCUACUCCAUCACCUCGCGCCAAUCAUUCGAAGAAAUCAUGACCUUCCAACAGCAAAUCCUGCGCGUCAAGGACAAGGACUAUUUCCCCAUCAUCGUCGUCGGUAACAAGUGUGAUUUGGAGAAGGAGCGUGUCGUCUCAGAGCAAGAGGGUGAAGCCCUGGCCCGCCAAUUCGGUUGCAAGUUCAUUGAGACCUCCGCCAAGUCCCGCAUCAACGUCGAGAACGCCUUCUACGACCUCGUCCGUGAGAUCCGUCGCUACAACAAGGAUAUGGCCUCCUACCCAUCCGGCUCGGGCGCCUUUGGUGCUCGCGCCCCUGAGGGCAAGAUGGAUGUCAGCGAGCCCGGUGAGAGUGCCGGCUGCUGCUCCAAGUGUGUCAUUAUGUAA